CGGAGGAUUUGGGCAGGCCCAAUAUGGGGGAAGAGAGAGAGAGAGAAGACACAUUUCUUCUCACUCACCACUCUUCACUUUGGUCUCCGACGUAGCACCACCAUCCGAUUUUCCAACAACGUUGUAAUGCAAAACAACCAAACACAAAACUCCCUUCCUUUUCCAUUCUAUGUUGUUCCCCCCACCAACACCAACCAUCUCUUCCUCACUCAAACGUGGUUUCACACCCACUCCCAAUUCAAUCAAUACCUUCAUCUUCUUCCUCUUCAACCUCCGCAAAUUCAACUUAAUCAUCAACCUCUUCCACCAAUUCACCACCAACAAAAUCCCCACAAAUCACAAUACCCACAAUUUCUUCACAUGGGCACUCCUCAAAUCUCACAAUUUUGAACAAGCAGAAAAAAUCAUGAAGAAAAACUACAAAACCCCAUCUCGCGCGUGGGACUCACUCAUCCGUGGUUUUUGCUUCACGCGCCAAGACCCAGAUAAGACACUCUCCGUUUUGCGACAUUGUUUGGUAAACCGUAACGUUUUCCUCUCUUCCUCAGUUUUUUGUUGCGUAAUUCAAAAUCUUUGCUAUUUGGGUCAUGUGAGUAAGGCUAUUCAGGUUCUUGAAUUGAUGGCUGAACAUAGAAAGGAGUACCCUUUUGAUGAUUUUGUUUGUAGUUCGGUGAUUUCGGCUUUUUGUAGGGUUGGAAAACCAGAACUUUCGCUGUGGUUCUUCGACAAUGUCGCGCGCUCGAGAGGCGCGUGGCGGCCUAAUCUUGUGACUUGUACUGCUAUUGUGAAUGCUCUUUGUAAGUUAGGGAGGGUUCAUGAAGUUUAUGAUUUGGUUCGUAGGAUGGAGGAAGAUGGGUUGGGUUUGGAUGUUGUUUUGUAUAGUGUUUGGGUUUGUGGGUAUGUUGAAGAAAAGGUUUUGGUUGAGGUUUUUAGGAAGAUGAGAGAAAUGGUUUUGGAAAAGGGUAUAUCUCAUGAUUCUGUUAGUUAUACUAUACUUAUAGAUGGGUUUUCUAAGUUAGGUGAUGUUGAUAAGUCUUUUACUUUUUUGGCUAAGAUGAUUAAAGAAGGGCAUAGACCUAAUAAGGUUACUUAUACUGCUAUAAUGUCUGCAUAUUGUAAGAAGGGUAAAGUUGAGGAAGCAUUUGGUGUUUUUGAGAGGAUGAAAGAUUUGGGAAUUGAGCUUGAUGAAUUUGUGUUUGUUGUUUUGAUUGAUGGGUUUGGAAGGAUAGGUGAUUUUGAUAGUGUGUUUCGAUUGUUUGAUGAAAUGGAGAAGAGAGGGAUUAGUCCGAGUGUUGUAACAUACAAUGCUGUUGUAAAUGGUUUGUCAAAGUAUGGAAGGACACAGGAGGCGGACAAGUUCUCGAAAAACGUGACUGCGGAUGUGAUUACGUAUAGUACGUUGUUGCACGGGUAUACAGAAGAGGAGAACGUUUUGGGGAUUUUGGAAACGAAGAAGCGGCUUGAAGAAGCUGGUAUCACUAUGGAUGUUGUAAUGUGUAAUGUAUUGAUUAGAGCAUUGUUUAUGAUGGGUUCUUUUGAAGAUGUUUAUACACUUUACAAAGGAAUGCCAGAAAUGGAUCUGGUUCCGAAUUCUGUUACGUACUGCACGAUGAUUGAUGGGUAUUGCAAAGUUGGUAGAAUUGAUGAGGCACUUGAGGUAUUUGAUGACUUCAGAAAGACAUCAAUAUCUUCGUAUGCGUGCUACAAUAGUAUUAUUGACGGACUUUGCAAGAAGGGUAUGGUAGAAAUGGCCAUUGAAGCAUUACUUGAACUCAAUCACAAAGAUCUCGUGUUGGAUACAGGUACAUAUUGGUUUUUGAUGAAGACGAUUUUCAAAGAAAACAGUUCAAAAGUGAUUUUAGAUUUGAUUUGCAGAAUGGAAGGGUUGGGGCCAGAUUUAUAUAAUGUGGUAUGUAACGAUUCCAUAUUUUUAUUGUGUAAAAGAGGAUUACUCAAUGAUGCAAAUCAAUUGUGUGUGGCAAUGAAAAUGAAAGGGUUACCUGUCACAUGCAAGUCUUAUUAUUCACUUUUGAGAAGGCUUCUUAGUGUUGGGAAUAGGGAGCAAACUCUGCCUCUUUUGAAUUUUUUUUUGAAAGAGUAUGGUUUAGUAGAACCAAAGGUUCGAAAGUUACUUGCACGUUACCUUUGUCUGAAAGAUGUUGAUAGAGCUGUUCAAUUUCUUGGAAAAAUGUUGGACAAUUCUUCAGCAGUCACUUUUCCUGCCUCCAUUCUCAAGAUACUCAUAAAGGAAGGUAGAGCUUUAGAUGCAUAUAAGCUUGUCGUGGGUGUUCAAGAUGAUUUACCGGUCACGUAUGUUGAUUAUGCCAUUGUGAUUCAUGGCUUAUGCAAAGGAGGAUAUCUCAAUAAAGCAUUGGAUCUUUGUGUUUUUAUUGAAAAGAAGGGGAUGAAUUUGAACAUAGUCAUACAUAAUUCAAUCAUAAAUGGAUUAUGCAAUGAGGGUUGUCUUAUUGAAGCGUUUCGGCUAUUUGAUUCUUUAGAGAAACUUAAUUUGAUGACCUCUGAAAUAACUUAUGCUACAUUAAUUUAUGCUCUAUGUCGGGAAGGUUAUUUGCAAGAUGCCGAACAUGUUUUCAAGAAAAUGCUCCUCAAGGGAUUUCAACCAAAAACACAAGUCUACAAUUCAUUACUCGAUGCUAUAUCUAAGUUCGGACAAUUAGACAAGGCAUUUGAGCUUCUAAAUGAUAUGGAGAAAAAUUGUAUCGAGUUCAACAAUUUUACAGUUAGUUCUGUAAUAAAUUGCUAUUGCAAGAAGGGUGACAUGGAAGGAGCCCUUGAAUUCUAUUAUAAGUUCAAGGGAAAGGAUAUAUUACCCGAUUUUUUAGGGUUCUUGUAUUUGAUAAGAGGUCUAUGUACCAAGGGAAGGAUGGAAGAAGCCAGGAGUGUCUUGAGAGAAAUGCUUCAGUCCGAGAAUGUCACAGAUACGAUUAACAUAGUCAACAGCGAGGUUGAUACUGAGUCAAUAUAUGAUUUUCUUGCCACUUUGUGUGAGCAAGGAAGCAUUCAAGAAGCUGUUACGGUUCUCAAUGAAAUCGCGUGCAUGUUUUUUCCUGUUCAAAGGUUGUCUACUUAUAAUCAAGGAUCUGAUAAAUCACAGAAGAUUUACGAACCGAAGGGUUUUGGUUCAAAUUCUUCCAUGUCUCUACCUUCGUAUUGCAAAAGUGGUUUGGAUUCUGGAUCUUGUGAUACCGGGGAUGUAAGGAAUCAAAUGACAAAUAACGAUAGUUAUUUGAAAAGAUCCAAACAGCGCGGCUUUGAUUUCUAUUAUUCUAGAAUUGCUGCACUUUGUACCAAAGGGGAGAUGCAUGAAGCUAAUCAAUUAGCAAAGGAAAUCAUUUCUGACCUGAAAGAGCCUAUGAAAUGAACAUUUGGAAUACAAAAUUAACGGACUUUAUUUAACAUGGAAAUGUCUCUCUUGUUUCUUGUAGUGCAAGCAAAGAGACCACACAGACGAAACCUGCAGAUUCCGAGCACUAAUAUUUCGUGGAGGAUUGCAAUAUUGGUGAAUGGAGAUAUCCCUGGUUGAACAGUUUCACAUUCACAAUUACUGUUGUUUUGGACAUUUUCCAAAAUGUUUCAACAAUCUCACUCAAUCUUUCACUGUAUAUUGGUAAUUAGUUUUUAUUUAUGGAACAUUUUGGCCCUUCCGUUUACAGCAAAGGAAUCUACACAUUAUUUGGGAGGAGAUUGUUUACAUUUAAGCAUUUUACAGAUGCAAAGUCUUCUCCUCUUUUGGACUGUGUUGUUUGCAGUGAUACUUGACGACUGAUGAAGCGAACAGGGAGAGCUUUGUGAUGGUUUGCCACUUUGCCUGUGGCAGAGAAAAGGUGCGGAAGAGUCAGUUGCUAGAAGAACUGCGAGCACAUUAAAGGCGCAGCAGCUUUUUUUUCUAACAUCAUUGGGGGGAUGGAAAAUCGGAAGACCAAAUUUUUGAGGACUCCACUGCAAUUUUGGUUAUGUUUGAUCUAACAAGUUCAUGCACAUUAAGCAGGUACCAUUUGUUUGGAUGUACCAUAUUCAUCAAGAAUUUGCCAAAGAGCCAUCUACUGACCAUGCUGCUGUUUUGUUACAGUGUCUUAUGUUAUAAAAAUGUUUGCAAACUUUUGUACUCCAUUGUGUAACUUGGUAAAAAUAUUGUUUGUAAAUUUUGAUGGUUGUUGCAUAUUUCUGUGUAACUGUCUUUAUGUUGUUAAGGGAUUUUAGGGAAGGCUGAGAGAAGAAGUUGAUUCUUAGAAAAGGGUAGUCGUAUUAUCUUGAGAAACACGUGAUGCAUUUGCAUUGUAAUUCUUUAUUUAAGAAAAAUGUGUCAAUGAUAACUCCCUACUAUAUUAUUUAGUGUACUCCCUGUGUCAA